AUGUCUCGAGACCUAAAGCCAUCCGGCGAGGACUCGCUGUUUGCCGACGUUCUAAAGACACCACGAACCAUCCGAUCAUGCUUGACCUUCUACACCAAGCCACCAGUCGCACAAGAGAGGAUUGAAGAAGUCCACACCCUCAUGACCAUUGGGGAUGGGGUCAACGGACAUCCUCGCAUCAUGCAUGGCGGGAUUGUAGCGACGAUAAUCGACGAAGGCAUGGGCAUCCUGCAGUCUGCCAACUGGGAGCGAGACCACAUGUCUGAGGUGGCAACAGGCAGAGCAGAGGGAGAACUGCCGCCCGAAGGAUACAGCUUCUUCACGGCGGAGUUGAAGAUCAGAUACUUGAAGCCCGUUGCGACACAGGCCCCGCUGAUCGUGAGCGCACGCUAUGUGAAGCGAGAGGGAAGGAAGGAGUGGAUCGUUGCAGAAGUCAAGCAGAGAGUCGGCGCGGACGAGGACUACUAUGGCGACGAGAUUGUGUGCGCGACUGGAGAGGCGUUGUUCAUCCGACCAAAGAAGCCAAUCUCGAAGCUGUGA